ACCAAAGUUUCCACAAUGAAGCAUGCAACCAGAUUUUUUAUCAGCUCUGAUAUUCAAGAAGUUAAAGAUUUUAUAUUAAGGUGCGGUCUUACUGAAGAUUCCAACAAUAACACCACAGCUGAUAUUUCCAACGUUAGCCGAGAAGUAAAAAGUGAAGAAUGGUUGAAACCUGCUUUAGUGAAAACAAUUAAAGAGAUUAAAAACUCUGAGGCAAAUGCUUCUGGUUCGAAUGCAGAAGAAACCAAAGAAUUUGUAGAAUUGAUACUAAAAAAGAUGACGGUACAGCCGGACAAAGUCUUGCUGAUGGAGAAUCUGUUGUGGUAUUAUCAAAAGAUAUCCUUAUACAUGAUGCAACAAAUCCUAUUGCAGCUAUAG